UUGACGUCGUUGACGUAAAUCAGAUGUUUUUGUUUUGACGUUUUAAGGUUGUGUUGACAUAUUUGUUGGAUAACGAAACUUAUUAAAGGGCGAGUAAUUUAGCGGGUACCAUGUGGACUUUCUUACCGUUCCCCGCAUUGUACAAAAUAUUUCAACAUUUAGAUUAUAAGGACCUGCUGUCAGCUAGUGAGGUUUGUCAGUCAUGGUAUGAAGUUAGUCGAGAUGAUUUUCUCUGGAAAAAGUUGUUUUUUCUACACUUUGGUAUUGAUAAAUCUGUUCCCAUUAUUUCUGGUAAAACGUGGUAUGAAGAAUUCAAAAGACUAUGUUACAAUGUUCCUGUAGUCCAAACAGAGACUUGUAAUGAACAUAGACACCAAGUGUUGCAUGUCAGUUUUUCGCAUAAUGGUAAAUAUUUUGCGACUUGCUCCAAAGAUGGUUAUGUUCUGCUUUGGAAUUCCACAUACCCUGUGGAAAUCAAAUAUUCAAGAGAUAUGAAUAGUUUUUCUUGGAAAUACACUCAGUAUUCUCAGUUUAAUGAAUCCGAUACUCUUUUGCUGGUGUCAGGAGUUCACUUUGGUACACCUCAUAGCACUUCUGGUGAAAUUGCUGUUUUUAAUUUAAUGGCUGGGUUUGAAUUGCAAUGUCGUGUAGUCAACAAACCUUAUGACAUCUAUGGUACAUGGUACAAUGAUCAACAUUUACUCUCAGGAGAUCUCCAUUGGCUGGCACACUUAGUGAGUAGUUCAUCAUUAUGGUUGAACAAGGCUUCACAAGAAGCGGAAUCUGAACAUGUUCCUAUAACCCAUAAUAUGUUUAGAUUUUAUAAUAGGAAUGCAAGUUCAAUUAGAGCAAUAAUGAUUGCAAAAUGUCUUCCAAAUUCUGAAUUUGCUACAGGGGAUGAAGUACAAGAAGAAGAACUUUUCUUCUUUGAAGACAGACGUCAACCACCCGAACAUGGAAAUCCUGUCAGUCAUAGAGAUAUUAAUGCAGUUCAAUGCACACAUGACUCAGCGUCUGUAUCUGUUGAUAAUUCAAAAGUCAAAAGCUCGAAUGUAGAUCUGGGGAAUCCCAUUUGGUAUAAUUCUGACUACCGACAAGUAGAAUCUGAGUUUUGUGAUGAACUUUUAGAGGAUUCGGAUGAUGAUUUUGAAGAAGAUGAUUUUGGUAAAGAUGAGGUUGAAGACGAGAGUUCUGAAGAAGAAGGAGAACAACUGACAAGAAGUGAUAAAUAUUUAAUCUUUACAACUGGAUACAAAACAUAUACACCACAUCAAAUCGGAUUCAAGAGGAUAAAACCGUUUACUUUCCCCAAACGUCUAGAUCCAGGUCCAUCAUUAAAGGAACGUUUAAUAUUACGCGAAAGAAAAAAAGAAUUACUUAGACAAUCUUCACCACCUCCAGAUCCAAAUUGGCUGGACUUUGAAUCUGUAGCUGAUAGAUUUGACAAAAUUGAUCACGUAAUAGAUUUACAUGGACAUAUUGUCGGAAUGGGACUUAGUCCCGAUCAUAGGUACCUAUACGUAAACAGCAGAUCAUGGCCUCAAGGAUAUAAAAUAUCAAAUCCACUGGAUCCGCCUCCAAUUGCUCAAGAAAUUGACAUUCAUGUAAUAGAUCUGGUAACUCUAAAGCAAGUAGGAACCAUGCUUAGAGCUCAUAAAGCAUAUACAUCGAACAGUGAAUGUUUUUUUAUAUUUUUAGACGUUUGUAAUCAGUAUGUUGCAAGUGGUGCCGAAGACAAACAUGGUUAUCUAUGGGACAGACAUUACGGCGUUUGUUUAGUUAAAUAUCCUCACGCAGACGUGGUCAAUUCAGUCGCGUUUAAUCCAAAAGAUCCCGAAAUGUUGGUGACAACGUCAGACGAUCAUACAAUCAAAGUAUGGAGAUCUAGAUCAAAAGUUAAAGAGUUAAAUUUAUUUGGUGGUGGAGCGAGUCUUCCAACAGGAAUCGAGUUUAGAAAAAACCGUUCAAAAGAUAGUAAGUUGAAGGUUCAAAGGUGUGGUAGAAGGACCUGAGUAUUGCGUUCGUAAUAUUAUAUUUGUAAAUAUUUAUUAAUGUUUUGUAAUUUAAUCGUUUAUCAAUGCUGCAUAUUGACUUUCCUAGUUUUAACUUACUCUUGUCCCGUCCAGCUUCAAAAGGAAUGUUUUUUACUAACAUGUAAUUUCCAAGUACCACUGUUAGGUGGUGUAAAAUUGACAAAUAAAUGCUAAAUAUUA